GACGAAUGAACUCCACUGACCUCUGCAGGAGAAUACAAUAAGCUCACGACACCGUGAAAUCAUGAGCACUCCAACGACAGGAAGCCCAAAUAUGGAGGUGAAGGUGGUCUCUCAGGAGAUGGCAUUGCUCAGCAACAUAUUAGCAGCUUACACCUUCAUUGCAGACCAACCUGAGCGGACAGCACUUGUGUUCCUGGGUGGUGUGUGUGUCGGCCUCCUCAUCACACUCUGCGCCAUCGUCUUCCAGAUACACUGUCGAGCAGACUGCAGCUACGGGAACAGUAACAAACCUCACCAUCGCCACAGGACCAGGCAUCAUCAGCGUCGCCAUCACAGCUGUCCCCACCAUCAGCCCGCUGAUGGUAACCCAGACAGCACUGCUGUUGUUGCGUCUGGAGGGACUGGGCCCACCGGGGACAGCGAGUCAGAGGACUGGGAUGAUACGUCUGACCUGUCGGCACGACGACGCAGGCGCUUCGAGAGGGCUCUGCUGCACGCCACCAUGUACACGUCGGCUGAGGAGCUGGACCGAGCCCAGCGGCUAGAGGAGCGAGAACGGAUUCUCCGGGAGAUCUGGAUGAACGGACAGCCGGACAUCAGUACAGUCACUCAGAGCCUCAACAGAUAUUACUGAUAUGUAAUUAGUCGGGCAGACUGUCGGGAGGACGCCGACAGGCAGGCAGAUGGAUAAAUUGUGAAUAAGUAUGUAAAGAAAUAAAUGAACAUAUACAUUCAGUUUGGGAGCACUGUCUGCACUGCACCAAAGAGACUCUUAUAGAUUUAACUAUUACUGACAGCACUGCCUGGAGCAGUCCCCUCUACUGUGUAAACAACAAGGAAAACAUAUGAGUUGUGAUGGCUCAGUUCUCCAACACAGUGAAGACACUGAAAUGUUUGGAAGAAUAUCCCUGUGCCCUGAAAAUCAAACAAGUACACACACAAAUGGGACCUACGGAGUAUGGAUUUAUAAGACUGCUGUCAUCAUUUGUUCAGAUAUUAUAUAAAGAAAGAGAAGAAGUGGACUGAAACCACCGUGAGGCUUACAAAACUCCUGUGAUGUGGAACUGCUGCCAUAAAGUUACUGUUGGUGAAAACUGGAUUUUGUAGCUUUUCACAUUUUUAAACAGGUGCUUUUUAAAAACAUGGAGCUUGUACAGAGGAGGAUCAUCAGCUCUGCAGCUUUUAAUGAGUGUAUGGAUUCAAAUGUCUGUGUUACUGUGUCGUUGCACUUUUCUCAGCUCACCCUUAAUUUUUUCUUUUUAAAACUGCUAUAAUAAUGAGCUGAGUAUUGGGACAUCUUUGUAAGAUAUUGAAUAGAAGGGAAGAGGAACAUUAGCUCCAUGCCAGGAUGGAGAUAUGCAUACUGGUGCUUUUAUUGCUGCAACUUGUCAUCCCUAAAUAAACAAAUGAAUACACACUAA